AUGAGUAACCAGCAGGAUCAUCUUGCGAGCAAUGAUAACCAGCAAAAGAAACGGAGCCGGAAGCGCCACUGUCUAAUUGUGGCUGCCGUAAUGGUUGUUCUCCUCAUCAUUCUGAUUUCUAUGGUGUUAUUGAUCCUAGUUCUAACGGUGUUCAAGCCCCGGCAGCCCACAACACAAAUUCUCUCGGCCACGGUUGAUGGGAUUGCUCCGCGUAUGUCGUUUCCUGUGGUAAAUAUUCAACUCAACAUCACCCUCAACCUAAAAAUCCAAGUUCACAACCCAAAUCAUGCCACCUUCAAGCAUGGCUCUGGCAAGGGUUUGCUUUUCUAUCAGAAUAACCAGGUUGGAGAGGCUGACAUCUCUCCUGGUCUGAUGCCUGCCAUGGCCUCCUCAACGAUUCCAUGUCGCCUUACCCUCCAGCUCCAUGAGUUCGCAUCCGACGCUGCUGCUUUGAUCCGUGAUGUAUUGGCUGGUCAAAUCAUGAUGAAGUCGCAAACCAGAAUUCCCGGCAGAGUCACAUUCCUAGGGAUAUUCAAGAAACAUGUCAUUGCUACUUCAGAAUGUGGAUUCAUCAUUGAUCUCCCUUCCAUGAAGGUUCAGAAACAAGAUUGUAAUAAUAAGACCAAGUUAUGA